UCGCCCUUUCACUGCGUCUCUGCAGCGCCGUUGGGGAGGCUCAUCGAGGAGCCACUCGGGCGAGGUUUAAACUACCAAGUCUUAAAGAAGAUGAUAAUACGCUGCUCGGAGCCCCGUCCCCCUCCCGAGCCCCUUGUACAACUCAUCGCGCCUUCAACGCCCCUGUCCGCUAGCCGCCCUACCACCAGACUCCAAGGUCCCCAGGCUAAUUUUUCAUCGGGCCAUGAGCUGCAGCAACGAAAUCGGUCAUGGCGAGUCACGUAGCAGUACGUCUAAACUUACGAUAUAUUGCCAGGGCAAGGGCCAGGCAACAGCCCUGAAUGGCUCGGAGUCCGUGCUAAGCGUAUAGUAGUAUGUACGUCCUCGCUGGAAGUGAGCCCAUGCAUGC